AAUGGCGCCGAGCUCGAAAUCGGAGCGGGGCGGCGCCUCGGGAGGGAAGCGGGGCUCGGCGGAGUCGGGGCGCGGGGGGCGGCGGGAGCAUGUGGUGAGGCAGCUCGAGCGCGUCAAGAUCAGCGGACAGCUCUCACCUCGCCUCUUCCGUAAGCUGCCACCGAGGGUUUGUGUGUCUCUGAAGAGCAUUGUUGAUGAGCAUUUCUUGUGUGCAGGGCACAUUUUCCUUGGCUUCUCUAAGUGUGGGAGAUAUGUCUUGUCCUACACCAGUAGCAGCGGUGAUGAUGACUUCUCCUUCUACAUCUACCAUCUCUACUGGUGGGAAUUCAAUGUUCACAGCAAGCUAAAAAUGGUACGUCAGGUUCGAUUGUUCCAGGAUGAAGAAAUCUACAGUGACCUCUACCUGACUGUAUGCGAAUGGCCCAGUGACUCCUCGAAAGUCAUCAUCUUUGGUUUCAAUACCCGUUCAGCCAAUGGUCUGCUCAUGAACAUGAUGAUGAGUGAUGAAAACCAUCGGGAUAUCUACAUUAGUACAGUUGCCAUGCCUCCCCUUGUGCACUGUCCAAGCUGCAGGGACAUGGCCAUUGCACAUCCAGGUGACCCGAAUGCCAAAUGUCUGCAGCAUGGAUUCAUGCUGCACACCAAGUAUCAGGUGGUAUAUCCGUUCCCCACAUUCCAGCCAGCAUUCCAGCUCAAGAAGGAUCAAGUGGUACUACUUAAUACUAGCUACUCUCUAGUAGCCUGCGCUGUUUCUGUGCAUACAUCAGAUGACAGGAACUUCUGCCAAAUCCUUUAUGACAGGAGUCGUCAGCCCUGGUCCCCUGCUGGUGAAGGCAGCCAUGCAACUCUUGUGUCUCCAUGCCACACGGGAUCAGAGGACGGGCUGGAUAAAGACGGCUGCUCUUGCCGGAGCAGAGCUGCAUUUCAGCAGCCAACUGCUGUCCUUCUGCAGGACAUAGAAAACCAUGUCUCGCCUGCUGUAGCGAAAGCAAAGGAAUUUGUGGCGGACAUCUUCCGGCGGGCUAAGGAAGCCAAAGGCACUGCCCCAAUGGAAGAGGAGACAGGCAGGGGGCUUGAGUGUCUUCUUGACUCUGAUGGAGCCCUGGGCCAGAGCACUUUAGCCUCUUGGGAGCGAGGGAAAUGUUUGGGGUCUUCCUUGCAUGGCAGUGGCGCUUGCAGCUCCACACUUUCUGGGACAGACAGCAUUUCUGAUGUGAGUGGAUCCCCCAAAGGAUCUCCUAUUGCCAGUGCUGAACUGGAAAGCCAGCCGGCCGAGCCAGGCUAUGUGAACUAUACCAAACUGCGCUAUGUUCUGGAGCCCAGUGAUUCCUCUGAGGCAGAGGAUGAGUAUGAGGAUGACAAGAUCUCCCUGCCGUUCGUUGUGACUGACCUGCGAGGAAGAAAUUUGAAGCUGUUGAAGGAGAAGACUGUUUGUCAGGGCCAAUACCUAACGGUGGAGCAGCUGACUCUGGAUUUUGAAUAUGUCAUUAACGAGGUGAUCCGGAACGACGCCUCAUGGUCCAAGCAGUUUUGCUCCUUCAGUGACUAUGACAUCGUCAUCUUGGAGGUGUGUCCAGAAACCAACCAAGUUAUCAUCAAUAUUGGACUCUUGCUCCUAGCCUUCCCUUCCCCUGCUGAAGAGGGGCAACUCAGGCCAAAGACCUAUCACACCAGCCUCAAAGUAGCCUGGGAUCUGAACACUGGCAUCUUUGUUACCGUCAGUGUGGGAGACCUCACAGAAGUCAAAGGGCAGACCAGUGGCAGUGUGUGGAGCUCCUACCGGAAAAGCUGUGUGGACAUGGUAAUGAAGUGGCUGGUGCCAGAGAGCAGUGGUCGCUAUGUCAACAGGAUGACCAAUGAGGCCCUGCACAAAGGCUGCUCCCUGAAAUUCCUUGCAGACAACGAGCGUUACACAUGGAUUGUCUUAUGAGGCCAGGCUCAGAGAUGAAGCUUGCAUCAGUAGUUCAUUUCCUGCCAUAACUGUGUGUCAGAUUCAACUACCUCCUUGUUAAAAGUUGUUUUUCAUUUCCCCAUCCCUUUCAACUAGACAGGUAUCCAGAUGACCUUGAGUGCUGCAUCACUUUUGGUUUGUGGGUAGAACCACAUCCUCCACUUCGUUGCCUCAGCAUGUUGGGGGGGGGGGGGAACACAAGUCUGGUCCGGAUGCUCUGAAAAACCUGCCUCUCCUUGCAGGCUAGUCUUAAUGGUUGGACUGCACAAGCUCCAGCUGAGCGGCUUCUGCUCUGCUGGGGCCCUCCACAGUCUCCUAAGUCUGUCUGUCUACUUGGCGAAACUGCAAGGAGUCUUUAGCAGGUCGUUUGCUAUAGGGUUUGCCCUCCCUUGGUGCUAGAGCAUUGUUAAUUCCAGGGCAAUGAUUCUGCUUAAGGAGACCAAAAACCCCUUCUGUGUUUUGAGGGUCAUUCUGUAUUUCAGGCACUUCCUCCCCCCCCCCCCCCAAAACUGAUUUUCCCAUCCCAAGCAGAGUUGUCAUCUGCCACUGGUGGAUGAGCCCCACCCUCCCCAUUUUAAUUUUUCUCAAGCAGGCUUUGUGUUUCCUGCAAUAAACACUUAAAUUUGA